AUGCAACUUAUAACUCUCCUUUUGCCAUUUUUGGCCUCGGCGGUCCUCGCUAAGCCUUUAGUCGUUCGAAACGGAGGUGGAGGUGAAGGCGGUGGUGAUGGAGAUGGAGGCCACCCACCUGGCGGCGGCAGUGGCGGCGGAUGUCCCGGCGGCGGCUCAGGAGGUGGCGGCUCAGGAGGUGGUGGCUCCGGAGGUGGUGGUGGCGGCGGCGGCGGAAAAUACGAUGCUUGCAGCGGUCUCUACAAUACUGCCCAGUGCUGCGCAACUGAUGUAGGGGGAGUGGCCGACCUGGAUUGCAAGAACCCAUCCGCUAUCCCGUCGAGUCCUACCAACUUCAAAGAACUCUGCGCUGCUGUCGGCAAGACCGCCGAGUGCUGUGUCAUCCCUGUCCUUGGCCAGGAUGUUCUCUGCCAGACCCCGGCCGGUCUCUAA